AUGACUGCUGAUAAGGGUUGGGGUGUUCGCACACUUGUCGAUAUUCCUGAAGGGACUUUUGUCUGUACAUAUGCUGGUGAACUUAUUGACGAAGAAGUUGCAGAUAGUCUACAAAACGAUAUAUAUUUUGCCGAUUUGGAUUUAAUUGAUGUUGUAGAGCGUGAAAAGAGACAGCAAGGGAUUGAUUAUAUAACUGAUGAAGGUUAUGGAGAUGAUGAAGUUUCGGAAACUCAAAAAAGUAGAAAUGUUUCUGAGAUUGAUUUGACAUAUGAGGAUGAUGAUGAAGCUUUUGUUGAGCCUUCAACUAGUCAACAAUUGGAAGAAAAUGAGCAAAUCUCGGAAAUGGAUGAUCAGUAA